GAGCAUCACACUGUUACACAAACAAUGUUCAGAUUCAGCUCAGAUGGAGGGAGAGCAGCUGGUCAGCUGGCCAGAUGGUCAGAGAACUUUCUCCCCAUUAGUUUUUAGUCUGGGACAGUCUUGGAUUGAGAUGUUUACUCUCUGGGAGCUCUGAGAGGGAAAUCAGUGAAAAUGUCCUGUGUUAAAGAGGAGUGUGAGGAUAUCAGUGUGAUGGAGGCAACUGGACUGAAAGCUGAAAACCAGCAGAUGGACAAAGAACAAGUGCCACGAGAAGACAUCAAGGAGGAACAUAAACCAGAAGUGAAGCUGUUUCAGGAGGAAUAUAUCUCACAGGAAUCUCACCAAAACACUAAGCCUGGAAACAGUGUCAGUGAUUCCUCCCACCAGAAAGAUCACCUGAGAAUUCAUACUGGAGAAGAACCAUUUACCUGUUCACAGUGUGGGGAGAGUUUUACCUUGGAGAGAUCUCUGAAACGCCACAUGGACGUCCAUGACGGAAAGAGACCUCAUCAGUGCUCUCAGUGUGAGUGGAGCUUCAAACGCUUCACGGAUUUAAGACAACAUGAAAAGACUCAUACUGGAGAAAAGCCGUUCGCCUGCUCUCAGUGUGAGUGGAGUUUCAGACGUUUAACGGAGUUAAGACGGCAUGAAAAAACUCACACUGGAGAAAAGGCUUUCCCUUGCUCUCGGUGUGGAACGCGCUUUUCCUUACCAAGAUUCCUGAAAACCCACAUGUUGAUUCAUAAUGGAGAAGAGCCGUUCACCUGCUCGGAGUGCGGAAAAUGUUUCUCGGCGCCAAGCCAUCUUAAAAAACACACAAAAAUUCAUACAGGAGAAAAGCCGUUUACCUGCUCUGAGUGUGGAAAACACUUUACAGAAUCCUGCAGCCUUAAAAUUCACAUGAUGAUUCAUACUGGAGAGAAACCAUUUACCUGCUCUGAGUGCGGAAAAGGCUUCUCAGUGCCAAGCCAUCUCAAAAAACACACCAAAAUUCAUACUGGAGAGAAGCCGUUUUCAUGCUGUAAGUGCGGAAAAUGCUUUACAAAACCAUGCAGCCUCAAAACCCACUUGCUGAUUCAUAAUGGGGAAAAGCCAUUUACCUGCUCUGAGUGCGGAAGAGGCUUUUCAAUACCAAGCCAUCUUAGAAAACAUGCAAAAACUCAUACUGGAGAAAAGCCGUUUACGUGCUCUGAGUGCGGAAAACGCUUUACAAAAUUGUGCAGCCUUAAAAUUCACACGAUGAUUCAUACUGGAGAGAAGCCGUUCGCCUGCUCUGUGUGCGGAAAAGGCUUUACAAUAAGAAGCCAGCUUAAAACCCACAUGAUGAUUCAUACUGGAGAAACACCAUUUACCUGCUCUGUGUGCGGGAAAGGCUUUUCAACUCCAGUCGGCCUUAAAAGUCACCUAAAGAUUCACACUGGAGAAAAGCCUUAUGCCUGUACUGUGUGUGGGAGGAGUUUUUCAGCAUUGAAUAUCCUUGUAAACCACAUGAGGAUUCACACUGGAGAAAGGCCUUUUAUCUGCUCUCACUGUGGAAAAGGCUUUAAGCAGGUUAGCACUCUAAAUAAACACGAGAAGAGAUUUCACGAAACAGGGUAGGUCUCUAUGUUGAACUUGCUUAAAAAAAAUAUGGAUGGGUUCAAAUACUAUUAAAUAGUAACAAAUGCAGAUAGAACAAUAAAAUAGAUGGUUAUUGUUUUCGUUAUUGGGUCUCUUUACACCUGGCAUUAAUAUGUGAUCGGAUCAUGUUUGGAUUUCAUGUGACUGCAUGAAAAAAUGGGUGUAAACACUCCCAGGAUGCACUGUGAGUGGAUUACGAUCAGUUCAAGAUCAGAUCACACUCAGAGAUGUUUAGAGACGGAUCCGAUCAUAUUUAAAAGAUGCAUUUUUCAUUUUCUGCAUAUAAUUAUGUGAGUGGAAAUGCAUGUGCUGGGUGCUGACUAGCUGGUGAAGGAAUAAACAAUGAAGCUAAAGAUGGAGGAUGCAUGAGUCUGAGGUUCCUCAAACCGACAGCCUGUUCCUGACUUGCCAACCGGCCAAUCCGAGGCUGUGUUCCUUACUCUUUGACCAAUCAGAGGGCGCAUUCCUGAUUUGUUGGCCAAUCAGAGGCUGUGUUCUUGUCUUGUUGACCAAUCAGAGGCUGUGUUAAUAACUUGUCAGCCCAUCAGAGGUUGUGUUCCUGACUUGCCAACCAGCCAGUCUGAUUUAAGCAUGCAAAUGGUUCUUUCAGUGUUUGUGGUUCUUUGUAGAACUAUUGUCUGAACAACGCUUGAAGAACUUUAAAUUGUUCUCAAUUAUGUAAAUGCCUUUUUUGUUACAAUUCACUCUAUGUAUUUUAUUCAUUUUGUACAGAGUUUUGGUCCUGAAUUUUACUUUGCAGUUGUUUCUGAAUGAAUGAAUGAAUGAAUGAAUAAUCACUGUGUUUCAGUUUGAGUCUACAAACAAUAAACAAACAAAUAAGCAAAAACAUAAAAUACUGUAAAGGUUCCAGCUUGCCAUGUAGAAGAAAUGUUUUCUGAAAAGAUGAACAGUCACUGGUAAUGUUGUUUUUUAAACAACAAUAAUAAAAUAGCACCAAAUAAAUGCAAUUCUAGUAUGGACAGUACCCACUACCGGUUCUAACCUGAAUAAAGAUGAGGUCUAGGUUAGCUGCGUUAGAACACAAACUUUUACAGCAAAAGCUGAAGAGCAGAAGAAGAGAUGGAGAUUGAGCUGGUCAGAUGGUCUGAGAACUUUUUCCUCAUUAGUUUUCAGUCUGGGACAGAGUUGGAUUGGAAUGUUUACUCUCUGAGAGCUCUGAGAGGGAAAUCUGUGAAAAUGUCCAGUGUUAAAGAGGAAUGUGAGGAUAUCAGUGGAUGGAGGUGACUGGACUGAAGACUGCAGAGCAGCAGAUGGAAGGUCAGUGUCAGACUCACAGUUUUUUCUGAGGUUUCAGAAGUUUCUGACCCAGUAGGUUAGAUUACCGGAUUGAAGUGGCACAGAUCCGAUUUUUUGCCCUAAUGUGACUCGGAUCUGAUGUUUUCAGGGCUGUGUGGACACACAAAUUUGAUCUUUUCAAAUCCGACCUGAGCCACUUUCAUACGUGGUCCUAGAUCAGAUACGUACCCGAUUCGUGGCCAUACGACCUUCUUGUGAACGCUCAGAUUGGAAUUCAUGUGCUUUUUCCCCACUGCAGGUGGGCCAUCAUUCAGUGUUACCAUGGCAGCAGCGCCGAACAGAAGUUAAAGCUUGUAA